AUGAAGAUCAUUCUACAACAACUCUACAACAACGCCAAUCACAACCGAAGGUUCUACAACCACUUUUACUCCUGCGAGACCCACAACUGGAACACCUACAGCAACCACAACAACAACUGUAGAACCUACGACAACCACAACAACAUCCUUUUCGACAACUGCAGCUCCAACCACUGUAGCUCCUACAACGUCAAUCAAAACUGCAGGACCUACUACCAUUCUCCUACGGCCACUACAACUGCAGCAGCUCUUACUACAAAAACUGAAGCUGCUUCCACAAGCACUACCGCAGCCCCUACAGCAACCACAAUUGAAGCUUCUUCUACAACAACUAUAUCACCUACGACAACAUCCCCUUCGACAACUGCAGCUCCUACUACAACAACUGUAGCUGCUUCCACAACCACUACUGCAUUACCUACUGCAACCACGACUGCAGCUUCUUCCACAACCACGACUGCAGCCCUUACUGCAACCACAACUGGAGCUUCUUCUACAACAACUACUGCAGUCCUUACUGGAACCAUAACUGAAGCUUCUUCUAAAACAACUAUAGCACCUACAACAACCACAACAAUCUCCCCUUCGACAACUGUAGCUCCAACAAUGCCAAUCACAACUGAAGGUCCUACUACCAUUUUAACUCCUACGACAACCACAACUGUAGCACCUACAGGAACCACAACAACAACUGUAGCACCUACAGGAACCACAACAACAUCCUUUUCGACAACUGCAGCUCCAACCACUGUAGCACCCACAACAUCAAUCAAAACUGCAGGACCUACUACCAUUGUAAGUCCUACGACAAACACAAAUGUAGCUCCUACAGCAACCACAACAGCAGCUACUCUUACAACAACAACUGAAGCUGCUUCCACAAGCACUACUGCAGCCCCUACAGCAACCACAAUUGAAGCUUCUUCUACAACAACAAUAUCACCUACGACAACAUCCCCAUCGACAACUGCAGCUCCUACUACAACAACUGUAGCUGCUUCCACAACCACUACUGCAUUACCUACUGCAACCACUACUGCAUUACCUACUGCAACCACGACUGCAGCUUCUUCCACAACCACAACUGAAGCUUCUUCUAAAACAACUAUAGCACCUACGACAACCACAACAAUCUCCCCUUCGACAACUGUAGCUACAACAACGCUAAUCACAACCGAAGGUUCUACAACCAUUUUUACUCCUGCGACACCCACAACUGGAACACCUACAGCAACCACAACAACAACUGUAGAACCUACGACAACCACAACAACAUCCUUUUCGACAACUGCAGCUCCAACCACUUACAACAACUGGAGCUCCAACGACCACUACAACUGCAGCAGCUCAAGCAACACCAACUGUAGCUGCAUCCGCAACCACUACUGCAGCCCCUAUGGCAACAACAACUCUAGCUCAUACAACAUCUCCAGCUACAAUAGCAAGCACAACAGCAGCUGCUACGACAACCACUGCAGCUUCUACUACGACAAAAAUUCAGCCCCUACUGCAACUAGAAAUGAAGAUCAUUCUACAACAACUAUAUCACCUACGACAACAUCCCAUUCGACAACUGCAGCUCCUACUACAACUACCGUAGCUCCUACGGCCACUACAACUGCAGCUGCUCCAACAACAACUGAAGCUGCUUCCUCAACCACUACAGCAGCCCCUACUGCAACUAGAAAUGAAGAUCAUUCUACAACAACUGUAGAAGCUACGACUACCACAACAACAUCCCCUACGAGAACUGCAGCUCCUACUACAACUACCAUAGCUCCUACGGCCACUACAACUGCAGCAGCUCUUACAACAACAACAGAAGCUGCUUCCACAAGCACUACUGCAGCCCCUACAGCAACCACAAUUGAAGCUUCUUCUACAACAACAAUAUCACCUACGACAACAUCCCCUUCGACAACUGCAGCUCCUACUACAACAACUGUAGCUGCUUCCACAACCACUACUGCAUUACCUACUGCAACCACGACUGCAGCUUCUUCCACAACCACAACUGAAGCUUCUUCUAAAACAACUAUAGCACCUACGACAACCACAACAAUCUCCCCUUCGACAACUGUAGCUACAACAACGCCAAUCACAACCGAAGGUUCUACAACCACUUUUACUCCUGCGAGACCCACAACUGGAACACCUACAGCAACCACAACAACGACAACUGCAGCUCCUACUACAACAACUGUAGCUGCUUCCACAACCACUACUGCAUUACCUACUGCAACCACGACUGCAGCUUCUUCCACAACCACAACUGAAGCUUCUUCUAAAACAACUAUAGCACCUACGACAACCACAACAAUCUCCCCUUCGACAACUGUAGCUACAACAACGCCAAUCACAACCGAAGGUUCUACAACCACUUUUACUCCUGCGAGACCCACAACUGGAACACCUACAGCAACCACAACAACAACUCAACCACAACAGCAGCUAGUACAACAACUGGAGCUCCAACGACCACUACAACUGCAGCAGCUCAAGCAACACCAACUCUACUACGACAACAACAGCUCCUACAACUCCAACUGUAGCUUCUUCCACAAGAACAAGUGCAGCGCCUACUACUGCAACCACAACAGAAGCUUCUUCUACAACAACUGUAGAAGCUACGACUACCACAACAACAUCCCCUACGAGAACUGCAGCUCCUACUACAACUACCAUAGCUCCUACGGCCACUACAACUGCAGCAGCUCUUACAACAACAACAGAAGCUGCUUCCACAACUACAACAACGCCAAUCACAACCGAAGGUUCUACAACCACUUUUACUCCUGCGAGACCCACAACUGGAACACCUACAGCAACCACAACAACAACUGUAGAACCUACGACAACCACAACAACAUCCUUUUCGACAACUGCAGCUCCAACCACUGUAGCUCCUACAACGUCAAUCAAAACUGCAGGACCUACUACCAUUGUAAGUCAUACGACAAACACAAAUGUAGCUCCUACAGCAACCACAACAGCAGCUACUACUACGACAACCACAGCUCCUACAACUCCAACUGUAGCUUCUUCCACAAGAACAAGUGCAUCCCCUACUACUGCAACCACAACAGAAGCUUAUUCUACAACAACUGUAGAAGCUACGACUACCACAACAACAUCCCCUACGAGAACUGCAGCUCCUACAACAACUACCGUAGCUCCUACGGCCACUACAACUGCAGCUGCUCCAACAACAACUGA